AUGGGCUCUGAUUCGGAUGAUGUGUACAGGGUGCGCGAAUUGUUAAUCGGCGAUGGCAUCCAGCACGGGCCAGAGCUGCCCAGCAUCGUGCAUAUCCUGGACACGAUGCAUCCGCUGUACCGCCAAAUCCUGGAAAAUUUUUAUAAAAUGAAGGCCGCCAUCGAGAUGCAGCAGCCGGCGGAUGAUGGUGAAGAAGAGGAGGUGGAACUGCGCGAAAUCCAUCUAGUGCCGCAUACCCGGCUGCGGCUUCAGGCGGUUCGACACGUUGCGCGGGUGGAAGGCGCACGUGUCACUAUCAAGUGA